CUUUUCAUUUCUUUUCUUUCUCUCCUACUUUUUCUCAUCAUGUCUUUUUGGGAUUCACAACUUUCACCACAAGAAGCUAAAUAUUACUCUCAAUUAUUCCAGUACGCAAGCAAGUCGCAAGAAGGUAUUGUUACAGGAAAUGAAGCUGUCCAAUUCUUUGCAACUUCUGGUGUACCCACUCAAAUCUUAUCAGAAAUUUGGGAAGCUGCUGACCGUGACAAAGUGGGUUAUUUGACACCAGAAACCUUUGCUAUUGCACUCAAGUUAAUAGCCUGUGCUCAACACGGGCAAGAAGCUUCUGCCAACAUAUUAUCUACAGCUGUGCCACUUCCUCAAUUUGAUGGAGCAAACAUUGUAGCACCAAGUCCUAUUGUCCCAAACAACUCAGCUUCCUUGGCCAAUGCGCUCAUUACAGAUGCAGAACGCGAAAAAUAUGCUAAUAUUUUCCAAGUCCAUCAACCUGUCAAUGGUGUUCUUGAUGCCGAGACAGCCAAGAAUGUCUUUCUGAAGUCCAAGUUACCAAUGGAUAUUCUGAGUCAAAUAUGGUACUUGGCAGAUGUCCGCCAAUCAGGAACUUUGAAUCAGACUGAAUUUAUUAUUGCCAUGCACUACAUUGCCAAGUUAAUGGAUGGCACACUCACUAGUUUGCCAGAUAAAUUACCUCCUUCUGUAUUCCAAUCUGUCAAUGGUGGCAGCAGUACACCCCUUACGCGCAACAUGACUAUCAGUUCACCUUCCUUCCAUAAAGCACAUCAUCAAAGUGUCAUGACACCACCUCAACGUGCUCGCACGAUUGAUUCGCUUGGUAGUAUUGCCUUUGGUCCUUCUGCACCUAUUCAUGAACCAGUUCAACAAUGGGAUGUAACAGCACAAGAAAAGCAACAAUUUGACGCUUAUUUUGAUAAAAUUGAUUCCAACAGAACAGGUGUGAUUCAGGGUAAAGAAGCUGUUGAAUUCUUCAAGAAUUCUCGAUUACCAGAAGCAGAAUUAGCACACAUUUGGGAUUUGGCUGAUAUUCAACAACGCGGUGCUUUAUCUCGCGAUGAAUUUGCUGUAGCUAUGCAUUUGAUUCAUCAAAAGUUGGCUGGAAAACCAUUGCCUCAGGUAUUACCCAAGACGCUUAUUCCUCCUUCUCAUGCCAACUCAAGAUCUCAAUCACAACAAUCACCUUUCAGCAACUCUAAUGCAGUUGCACCUAGUCCAUCUAUUUUUGCUUCACCUGCUCCUCAAAGCAACCGUUCUUUGAUUGAUGAUAGCGGAAACAAUGAUUUGUUGGGCGACUUUGGCAAUGAUCAAGUAUCGCAUGAAACAAACCAAAUUAACUUGAUGCAAAAUCAGAUUUCUUCUUUGUCUCUACAGACACAAGAUAUUGGAAACCAAAAAGUGUCUGCUGAAAACACAUUGGAACAAUUAACAAACCAAAAGAAGGAAUUAGAAGCACAAUUGACUAAUGUACGCAUGGCACAUGAAGCUGCAGUGAAAGAUCUAAAUGAACUUCAAGAAACAGUCCGUAGAGAAGAAGGUGAAUGGGACAGAGUGCGUGCUGAACAUGAUGCUGCUCAGCAACAAUUAAACACAAUUCAAAACGAAAUAGCACAAGCAAGACAGACAUUAGAAAAUGGACGUGCAGAAACAGAAAGCCUUCGUCGUAGUGUCCAUGAUAUUCAAGAAGAAACAAGAUUAGCUAAUCAAGAAUUGGAAAAUAUGCGUGCACAAACAAAGCAACAAAACAUGAUGUUGGAUAUCAACAGAAGACAAGUAACUGCAGCUGAGCAAGACCGUGCUCAAGCCAAGCGCCAUUUAGAGGACUAUAAAGUCGCUGGCGGUUUAAACAAUGGAGAAGAAGAGGACAGCAGUGAGAGUGAGAAUGAGCUACCUGUUAAUAGUACCAACACUGCUGCUAAUACUCAUAUUGAAGCUACUAAAUCAGUUGCUAGUCCAGAAAUUGAGUCUUCUGUUGUGUCUACACCUGCUCUCACAAAUCUCUUUGCUGAGUCACCUGUUCCUAAAUCCAAUUCACCUUUUGCAGAAUUUGAUACAGCAUCUAGUACAUUUGAUGCCGCUUUUGCUUCACCAGCACCUGCUACUGCUUCAAGUAAUGCAGGCCAAGAUGAUUUUGAUGCUAUCUUUGGCACUAUGGGAAGUACUUCCUCGACAACUACACCUGUCAACGCAUUUGACUCUGUCAAUUGGGCAAUUCCUUCUGCCACCACACCCACAAAGACAAGUCGUGCUCCUCCUCCACCCCCUCCACAAAGUAGACACCAUCGCCAAACAUCUGAAGUGAGUUCCAUUGCAUCGGUUACUUCUCCUUCUUUGACUUCUUCAGGCAGUAUCAAAAAAGCUCGUGCUCCCCCACCUCCCCCACCUGCCUCAACUAAUACCACAGACUCAUUCAAGCCAGCUACUCAGAUCCAAGAAAAAAAUGAAGAAGACGACUUUGAAGCUGCAUUUUCGGGCGAUUUGCAUGCAGCCAAGGUAGUGACCAAAGACGAUGACUUUGCUGAUUUUGAUGAUGCAUUUAUUUCGUUUGAUACAAAGCCACCACAAACUGGACGAGCUGUCUCUCCUCAAACAACGACCGCAACACCUGUAACUAACAAUAAUUGGGCUGUUAGUUUUGGUGAAUUUGACUUUCCCAACGAAAAAAAUAAACCAACCAAUACUACCGCAAAUGAUGAUGAAUGGGACUCUAUCUUUGGCACAAAUACAAAUACUGCUCCCUCUGCUGCUGGUCCAGCUUCUUCUUCCUCUGUCCCUACAACAGAUAAUGCAGGAUUCGAUGAUGCAUUUGCAAGCUUUGGUGAUGAUUUUGGAAAGCAACAGUCACAAAAGCCUGCAGUCAACAACAUUGGCAUUGUAGGUGAUAAGAUUGAAGAGCUUGUCAAGAUGGGAUUUGCUGAAAGUGAAGCAAAAGACGCACUCAAUCGUUAUGAUCAAGACUUGGAGAAAGCAAGCAAUUUUUUACUUGACCAAUCCUCCAAACGAUAAUUAUUUUACCUUAAAAUAUAUAUAUUUAUAUAUGUUUGUAAUAAAAAUGCAUAUCUAGUAAUCAUUUUGAAGAAAUGCAACAUUUUUCUUAAUCUCUGAUUAUAGUAACAAUGUUAC